CUAUUUUUUUCUGCCGUUUACGGCCAGCGGCGGUUUGCAGAUGAUUUCAAAUUUGGCGUAGGAACUUCCUCGUAUCAGAUUGAGGGAGGUUGGAAUGAAGAUGGCAAAGGAGAGUCCAUUUGGGAUCGGCUAACCCAUGAACACCCGGAGAAGAUUGUAGACCUCAGCAAUGGUGAUGUUGCCGCCGAUAGCUAUCAUUUGUGGAAGCGUGAUGUAGAAAUGGUAAAGGAGCUCGGUGUGGAUAUCUAUCGAUUCUCGAUCGCCUGGUCGCGCAUCAUGCCGACAGGAUUCAGUAACGAAGUGAACGAACACGGAAUCGCCUAUUACAGCAAUCUGAUCGAUGAGCUGUUGAAGAAUGGUAUCACGCCCAUGGUGACGCUGUACCAUUGGGAUCUUCCUCAGCGACUGCAGGAGAUGGGUGGCUGGACGAACGAACUAAUCAUCGAUCUCUUCGUCGAGUAUGCCCGGGUGCUGUACGAGCGCUAUGGCGAUCGUGUGAAGAUCUGGACGACGUUCAACGAACCGUGGCAAACGUGCGAGAACUCGUACAGCAAUGACGCUAUGUCUCCGGGCUACAUCUUCCCAGGCAUUCCGGCAUACCUUUGUGCACACAACUUGCUCAAGUCGCACGCCGAAGCGGUACAUCUCUACUGGGACGAGUUUAAGCCGGUGCAGCAGGGUUCGAUCGGAAUAACGCUGGACUCUAGUUGGUGUGAGCCGGCGUCCGACUCCCUGGAAGAUCGUCAAGCAGCGGAACGUUCGUUGCGCUUCAAUCUCGGUUGGUUUGCUAAUCCCAUCUUUUCCGCAACGGGUGAUUACCCGCUGGAGAUGCGGGAAACUAUUGCGAGGUUAAGUGCCGCCCAAGGAUUUCCUGAGUCCCGACUGCCCAGCUUCACGCCGGAAGAGAUCGCACGUAUCCGCGGGACGUCCGAGUACUUCGGUCUGAACACCUACGGCAGCUCAAUGGUUAAGGCCAACGACGGUCCGUACGAUCCAGCUGCUGGACCGUCCCAUGAGCACGACACCAACGUGAUCGGUUACGCCGAUCCGAGCUGGGAACAGUCGGCCUCCACUUGGUUGAACAUCGUCCCCUGGGGGAUGCGUAAGCUGCUGAACUGGAUCCGCGAGGAGUACAACAACCCUCCACUGUGGAUUACCGAGAACGGUGUCAGUGAUUUCGGUGGCACGAUGGAUGACAUGAGGAUCGACUAUCUGAACGACUACCUGGAUGCCGUGCUCGAUGCCAUCGACGAUGGGUGUGACGUGAAGGGAUACAUCGCUUGGUCCUUGAUGGAUAACUUCGAGUGGCGUGCCGGAUAUGUUGAAAAAUUCGGUUUCUACUACGUGGAUUUUGAGAGCACCGAAAAGACGCGAUACCCCAAAGCGUCUUCUAAGGUUCUGACAAAUAUUGUUAAAACACGCCAGAUUGAUGUUAAUUACCGACCACAGCCGGACGUUCUGAUACCUCCACCGCAAGGAAGGCAUUAG